AGUACCCGUACGGAAUAAGCACGUGGCGCACGCAUUUAUGGCACAACCACUAUAACAUUAUUAAAACUAAUAUAAAAUUAUUUAUUUUUAUAACACCAACAGUGCUCAACAACCAUUAUAAUUCAUUGUGAUACAUUUUCUGUGAUUUAAAAUUAUAUUUUUCAUACAAAAACCUAGUGUAUAUUUUGUAAACAAACUGUUGUUUACAUUAUCUAUAUUUAUGAAAAUUAUUAAAUACAAAAAUGGUAACUAGUGCACAGUGGUUAAUUUUAGUUGGAAUUACUGCGUUACAAAUAUCAGUAUCUAAGAGUCAAGAAGAACGUCCCCAGGAGAAGAGGCCGCAGUCAGUUAGAGAUCUCCUGAAUACAACAUCAUGCAUACAACCGCCUUAUCGGUGUCCACAUCCUAAGAUGCAGUUUUAUUUAUACACCAGAACAACUCAAGAAAAAGGUGAACUAAUAAAUACUCUCGACAAUGAUUCUUUAACGUAUUCUAAGUUCAACACGAAGCAUCCGACGAAGGUUGUGGUACAUGGGUUCGGAGGAGGUCGGAACCUCUCCCCGAGCACCGACAUGAGGAAAGCUUACUUUACUAGAGGAAACUACAAUAUUAUCAUUGUGGACUACGGAUCACUUGUUAAGGAACCUUGCCUUAGUCAGAUUGAGUGGGCUCCUCGAUUCGCGGGUCUGUGCAUAGCUCAGCUGAUCGAGUACCUGCAGAACCACCCCGUGAAGUCGGUGCCUCCAGAGAAACUGCACACGAUCGGCUACAGCGUGGGAGCCCACAUACUCGGCCUCGUCGCCAACUACCUGCAUGAAGGAAAACUUGGCAGAAUUACUGGUCUGGACCCGACUAUAUUCUUUUACAUGGGGUCCAACCGGUCUCGAGACCUCGACUACACAGACGCCCACUUUGUGGACAUCCUACACACGGGCGCCGGCAUCCUCGGACAGUGGGGACCUAAUGGACACGCAGACUUCUACGUGAAUGGAGGUUCCAGCCAACCUGGAUGUGCUCAUGACACUAUUUUCCAAACUCUUUCGUGUGAUCAUACAAAAGUGACUCCGUACUUCAUAGAGUCUAUCAACAGUCGGGCUGGGUUCUGGGCGGGACCAUGUUCCAGUUUAUUCUCGUACCUCAUCGGGUGGUGUGAGCCUAAGGACACGGAAUACGUGCUCAUGGGUGAACACGUUACUCACAAUGCUCGAGGCGUGUACUACGUCACUACAAAUGCCAAGCCGCCAUACGCCCGAGGGUUCCCGGGCAAGUCUAGGAGACUUCGCUCCAUCACGCCUUAUAGCUGAUGAAUUGAACGGAAAACUUUAGGAAAAUCAAACCUUACCAAAAUAUUUAAUAGAAUUAAGUAGUUAUUAUUAUUGGGGCUCAGUAAAGUUUAUCGUGAAAUGGGGUGAAUAGAGACAAUAGACUACGUAUAAAGGUACAAAAAAGUUUUUGUAAAUCAUUUACACAUUUCAGACGUUUCAAAGCCGCUUUUAUGAUUAAGUUAUGCUUGCCAACUUAGGUCUAUGUAUGAAAUACUUCUUUUAAUAUAUUAUGUAUAAUAGAUAUACAUCUUACAAAUAUGGCCGGUACAGUUUAAAUAAAAUGGGUACUUCACAAUUAAGCGAGUAGGUACUAAUCGUACUUAUGUACACGAUUCUCAAUCCACCUCAUUCCACUAUAAUUUAUAAGAAUAUUGCUGAUAGGUAGGUUAAUUCAUUGAAAUGUAUGCAAUCAAAAAAGAUUUUAGUGCAAUUGCAAACAAAAUACAAUGCUUUGCGAUAGCAAUAGUAAAAUUUUUGAUUAACUCAGUGUCAUUAAUGUGGAAAAUGCGCAAGUCAGUAGUCAAUUACUAAAUUAAAUCGAAGAAAGUUGGAUCAUGGUAAACAUAAUACUUGAAUGAACUAGCCUAAAAAUAAAUAAUUUAGUUUUGAAAACUCCCGCCGAAUCAAAAAUGUUUUUGUAUUACAACUGGUGAAAUAUUUUAAAUAACUAUGUUUUUUACGUCACCUAACUGUUCGAUGAAAUAACUCGACUAGUUACAAAGCUCAUGAUUAUGGGCCCUAAGUGUAACACGAAACUAGUUAAGAUACCAUGUUGUGAUUUCCAAAUGACAUUUUCGUAAAUUCUACUGACAAGCGUUACUAAGUGUUAUAGUUUGUGUAAGCCAUCACCGAAUAUUGUAUCCCUGGAUAUGAUUGUGUAGUUGCUCAAAAUGAGUGUUAAUUUAUUUUGAUAUUUAAGAAAUUUGUGAUAAUACUAUUAUUUAGAAUUAAACUUGGAUUUCAAAGGGA